GGAGGCGGGAGUGAACUCUCGCGAGAAGAGGCGGUUGCUGUAGCGGAGCUCUCUGGCUGUGUGUCUCGAGGAUCUGGCGCCGGAGCUGCGGACGGUUUGCCGAGUCCGUUAGUGUCCUUGCUGAGACCCUCGCCGCCGUCAUGUCCCGGUACCUGCGUCCCCCCAACACGUCUCUCUUCGUAAGAAACGUGGCGGACGAUACCAGGUCUGAAGAUUUACGACGCGAAUUCGGUCGUUAUGGUCCUAUAGUUGAUGUGUAUGUUCCACUUGAUUUCUACACUCGCCGUCCAAGAGGAUUUGCAUAUGUUCAAUUUGAGGAUGUUCGUGAUGCAGAAGAUGCUUUACAUAAUUUGGACAGAAAAUGGAUUUGUGGACGCCAAAUUGAAAUACAGUUUGCACAGGGGGAUCGAAAGACUCCAAAUCAGAUGAAAGCCAAGGAAGGGAGGAAUGUGUAUAGUUCUUCACGCUAUGAUGACUAUGACAGAUAUAGACGUUCUAGAAGCCGAAGUUAUGAAAGAAGGAGAUCAAGAAGUCGUUCCUUUGAUUACAACUAUAGAAGAUCUUAUAGCCCUAGAAACAGUAGACCGACUGGAAGACCACGGCGUAGCAGAAGCCAUUCCGACAAUGAUAGAUUCAAACACCGAAAUCGAUCUUUUUCAAGAUCUAAAUCCAAUUCAAGAUCACGGUCCAAGUCCCAGCCCAAGAAAGAAAUGAAGGCUAAAUCACGUUCUAGGUCUGCAUCUCACACCAAAACUAGAGGCACCUCUAAAACAGAUUCCAAAACACAUUAUAAGUCUGGCUCAAGAUAUGAAAAGGAAUCAAGGAAAAAAGAACCACCUAGAUCCAAAUCUCAGUCAAGAUCACAGUCUAGGUCUAGGUCAAAGUCUAGAUCAAGGUCUUGGACUAGUCCUAAGUCCAGUGGCCACUGAUAGUAUAAACCAUGAUAUUUUUAGGCAUGUAUCAUUCAUUUACUCAUAGUUUGGUUUACUUAAAUUAUCAGGAAUACAAUGUUGCAAUGAUGCUUAAAAAAACACUUGUCAGUUUUCCCUGUACCAGGCAAUGGUUAUUAUUAAAAUGAUAUGCUGUUGAGAAGCCACUCUUAAGAGUCCAGUUUGUUUAAUGUUAUGGGCAGCUACCAAUUUGUGGUGUCUCUGUAUAUUUUUGUAAAGAUUCUCAUUUUUUAAUGCUUGAGGUAUUGGUGAAAAGAUGUUGGUUGACCAUAAUUUGCAACAUUGUCUUAUUAAAAAUAAACUUUCAUAUCCAUAUUUGGUAGAACUGUUAACCUAGAAAUGUAGCUUGCUAAUCAGGUAGAAUGAUACAAAAGUGAAGUUGUAGCCACCGUACAACACUGACCCGACUAGACACAUUUAGGUUCAGGGUGGACCUUUUUGUCUUGUCAAGGUGUCGAGACCCACGAUGAUAAUUUAUGGCACAGUGUGGAAUAAGUUCUUUGUUAACCCCACUGUCUCGGGGAAUGACGCCAACUGGGUUAAGUAGCAUUUUCAGGGAGAUGACGUUUUUGAUUGAAACACGGAGCCUUCACUUUUCUGGUUUCUGUGAAGAUUUGGAACCAUACAAACAUCGGAAAAACCCACCUUAAAAUUUGGGCAGGUUGAUGAUGGCAGAAAUAAUUUUAAGGGGAAAAGAAUGCUCUUACGCAGUUACUCUAAACUUUAAGGAGCAUUGUUGACCAUAAUAUUGCUUCGUAUUCUCACUGCUGUUAAAAGCAAGUAAAGUGUUUUCAAAGUAGGUUUUGUUUCUGUGUGCGCAUAGUGUAAAAGGACUGAAUUUUGAUACUUAAAGCACUUGGUGUGUGCAUUUGUAUCAAAAUUUGCCCAUAUCUUUAUGAAGGAGGCUUGUUCUUCACGCCUCAGUUUAUUUAAUGUGAGGCAAGUAAACAGACAACACUCCCAUUCUACGUGAUUCUGUGGUGCCAUGAGAUUUUAAAUAAUUCUGGAAAAAACUAAUUUUAAGGAAGUCACAUCUCUUGAGGUUUUGACUGAUUAUCCAUGUAGUACCUGAUGAAAAUAAUACCCUAACUCUUUAUAAUUUCUAACAUCUCUCUGCGAGACCAUUUGGGGGCAAUAAAAAGUGACUUGAUGUGUCCAAUCUCAUUUCAGAAUAAAAGCUGGCAUCCUUAAAAUUUUUAGAUUGCUUGCUUACAGGCAUAAUAAGUAAGAAAUAUUUUAGGGAAACCAUUCCUUUUAGAGGAUUACUUUUUUCAAUUUUGGUUUUAGUAAUCUAGGCCUUGCCUGUAAAGAACAAAAGGUGGUUUUUAAAUACUGUUUGUGGAAUGUGUUUAAAGGAUUGAUUCUAGAACCUUUGUAUAUUUGAUAGUAUUUCUAACUUUCAUUUCUUUACUGUUUGCAGUUAAUGUUCAUGUUCUGCUAUGCAAUCAUUUAUAUGCACGUUUCUUUAAUUUUUUUAGAUUUUCCUGGAUGUAUAGUUUAAACAACAAAAAGUCUAUUUAAAACUGUAGCAGUAGUUUGCAGUUCUAGCAAAGAGGAAAGUUGUGGGGUUAAACUUUGUAUUUUCUUUCUUAUAGAAGCUUCUAAAAAGGUAUUUUUAUAUGUUCUUUUUAACAAAUAUUGUGUACAACCUUUAAAACAUCAAUGUUUGGAUCAAAACAAGACCCAGCUUAUUUUCUGCUUGCUGUAAAUUAAGCAAACAUGCUAUAAUAAAAACAAAAUGAAGGAAAUAAUGAUUAACUGGAAUUAUUAUAGUUUUGAAUGAGAUUAUACAAUAACAACGGAUUUAGGAAUAUUUUAAAUCAGUGUUGCACUAGGCACAGGUUUUACUUUGGAAAUGAUAGAACCUGCCAGGAAGGUACAUCUUUUACGUAGUACUUAAAAAUUCCUUAUGUAAUGUCAGAGUUGUUUCAUUAUUGCUUAUUAAACCCCUUGGGUUAAAUAACUUAGAGGUUAUUGGUAGUGUUAAGAUACGCAUUAAAAUGAAAUUUGAGUUAGCUAAUUUUAAGUUUAUAUUUUCAUUAUUAGAUGGACCAAUAAUUCUACUCUUCCCCAUCCUAAACAAGAUGGAUUGGGCCUUAUGUUUAUGGCGUGAUUUAAAAUAUUUUUGCAUUGAAUGUUCGUGAGCACUUAAUAUUAAGUGAUAAUCACUGUGGGGAACUGGUUUAGGUGUUUUGUGGUUUGAGUUCAAGCUGCUUUAUAAUGGCAAGUAUAGCUGAUAUUUAUUGAGUAUUUAUGAUGUGCCAGACACUGUUCUAAGAGCUUUAUGUGUUAACUCAUUUACUCAUCACGAGACCCUAUGAGAAAGAUACUUUUAUUUUCUCGUGUAACAGAUGAUAAGGAAAUGGAGGCACAAAGAAAAAGCAGUAAAAGGCAGAUCCAGGAUUUGAGCUCAGCCGGAUCCUUAGAUGUUUUUUUUUUUUUAAA